AUGCGUCCAAUAACACCGAAAGAAAUCGAACGAAUGGUCCAGAUUAUUCACAAAAAAUUUUCAGCCAUUCAGAUGCAGCUCAAGCAGUCGACCUGUGAAGCAGUGAUGAUCCUUCGAUCGAGAUUUUUGGACGCCAGACGGAAGCGACGGAAUUUCAGUAAGCAGGCGACGGAAAUUUUGAACGAAUAUUUCUAUUCGCAUCUAAGCAACCCGUAUCCGAGCGAAGAGGCGAAAGAGGAGCUGGCACGAAAAUGCGGCAUCACCGUGUCGCAGGUAUCCAACUGGUUCGGCAAUAAGAGAAUUCGUUACAAAAAAAACAUCGCCAAGGCGCAGGAGGAGGCGAAUAUGUAUGCCGCGAAGAAAGCCGCUCAAGGCAUCGCUCAGUACGGCAUGAUGCCUUCGCCCGGUGUCCCCGGCUCGAUGGUCAGCCCGUCUGGUGAGAUGUAUUCUAUGGCUGUUAGUGCUCAGCAACAGGGUUUACAUCACAUGGCUGCUGUUCAGGCUAAUGCUUUUUCUGAUCUUGCAUCCGCCUAUAAUCCAAACAUGAUGGUUUCAGUGACCGGCGCAGGUUAUCCAUCCAAUCCUGACGCUUCCAGGACCGACUGA